ACAUACAAACGUCAACAAACACAAGGUUACAACAAGCGACAUAGAGCGACAUGUUUGUCUGACCUGAGUCCUGGAGAAACAGUUUGGUUGCCAGAAAUGAGUUCUCCAGCAGUUGUUGUUUCCAAGUCACCCGAACCAAGAUCAUAUAUUGUGCAAACGGAAAAAGGCACGGUGAGAAGAAAUAGACGACAAGUAGUACCCAGUCCAAAGGAACCAGUUAUGAGAGAAUCACAACCUACGAACGAGAGUACGAGUGAGAACAUUUCAUGUCCCAAUAGUACGUCCGACAAUGUCGUGAGAACUCGUUCAGGACGUGUUGUUGUACCGCCUAAUAGACUCAAUUUGUGAACUUAUAUGAUUGACGAACUGAAACAAUUAUAAUUUAGCAAUUAGAAACAAUUAUAAAUAUUAAAGAACACUUAGAUUAAAAUUAGAAAAAAACAAAAAAAAGAACGCAUUUAGAAUUAAGUAAUUUAAUGACAUUUAAGAGACAUAAAAUCUUAUCUUCGAAAAGGAGAUGUGUGGUCAUUUGUAAGUUAAUUGUUUGCUACAUGAUAAUUAGGUGUUAUUGUAAUUAGUAUAUAAUGCAUGGUUGAACAUGUAGUUUUAGUUCUUAAAAUAAUAAUAUAUCGAGGACUUUACAUCCUUCUUCAGUCAAAACUGGCGAUGUGACGUUUGCCACCCGAUUUGUUGCAGCUUAUAUGUUCCUGAAAGUGAAAGGUAGUCAUCCACUGACCUACCAGCAUCUAACUUUGCAAAUGUUUGAAAGUGCAAAAAGGAAUGAAGGAAUGGUUGAUCAGAAUAUAUUCAAGACGGCUAAACGGUACAGCUUUGAUAGUGUAUAUUUUGACGAAUGCAACAUCGAGUUAUUGGAGAAAUAUAUAACGUACAUAAGACCCGUUCUUACACCCACUUUCGAAUAUGUGUUGAUAAAUCGAAAUGGUAAAAAAUUUCAGAAACUCAGAUCUUUUCAGUGUGUUGGUGUUUGAAGCUAUCAGAAAAUACAUUUACCCAACUAGAUACAGACAGAUCAUCGAGACGGAAAGUGUACACAUUCUCUUACCAAACAAACAGAAAUGGAUAUCUGAAGACCAAAAGCAUAGCUCUAACGUUGCCCGUGUUCACAAUCAAAAGAAAAGAUCUCGGGAAGUAGCGAUGAGAGGAUGCCAGUGCAUGCAAAAAUUACUUGACAGAAGUAAUAGUUCACAGAUCGAAUACGAAAAGCAACAGCAAUCAUCAUCUGAGCAAGAGCAUGUGUGCCAAGACAUUGCAACCACUACAACCCACAAAUUAGCGAACGGCGUUCAGGUGUUUGCUUUACAUCUGAAGAAGACAAUUGUAUACGAUUGGGCAUUGGAACAUUUGGUUUACGUUGGUCAACAAUAUAUUACGUCAUCCGGAAUAUAA